AUGUCAAGUGAAUCAACGACUUUUAUCAUAGAUGUGUCACCAUCAAUGUUGAAAAAUGAUAAUGUUUCUAAGUCAAUGGCAUAUCUGGAGUAUACUUUAUUAAACAAAUCUAAAAAAAGUAGAAAAACAGAUUGGAUAAGUUGUUAUCUCGCAAACUGUCCCUUAUCUGAGAAUUCCCAGGAAGUCCCAAACGUGUAUCAAGUACAAACUUUUUUGGCUCCUGUUACCACAACAGGCACGAUUAAAUUUAUAAGACGUUUGAAACAAUAUUGUGAUCAGCAUAUUCAGGAUACUCCAGUCGAAGACUUACAAUCAAUGAUUCAAUGCCUAUUGGUUGCCUCACUAGAUAUUAGGCAACAGUUCAAAGCAAGAAAAAUUCUGAAGCAAAUUGUUGUGUUCACCGAUAAUCUUGAUGAGCUAGAUAUUACCGAGGAAGAGAUAGAUGUGCUAGUAGAAGAACUAAAUGCAAGAAUAAUUUUGGUUGACUGCGGUAAAAAUGUUCAAAAUGAAAAGAAACAAUCGAACUGGUUGAAAUUAGUAAAAGCGAUACCGAAUUCAAGGAUCUAUAAUAUAAAUGAGCUUCUCAUUGAAAUCACUUCUCCAGCUACAUCUAUAGUUAAGCCAGUAAGACUAUUCUCAGGCGAGCUUCGUUUAGGAGCAGAUAUAUUGUCAACACAAACGUUAACUUCCACUGACAGUACGCAAGAUGAAAACUGUUUGUGCAUCAAAGUAGAAGCCUUUCCUGCCACCAAAGCAGUAUCAGGUUUAAAUAGGAAAACCGUUGUUAAGGUCGGGGAUUCACAGAAGAAAGAAAGAUAUGUGGGCGUUAAAUCCGUAAUCGAAUAUGAAAUCCACAACGCAGAAAAGGGAAAAAAAGGCAAUGAAGGUGACAGGCCCACAUCCUCUUAUAUCCCUGUGACCAUAUCCAAAGAUUCUGUAACGAAGGCAUACCGCUAUGGUACAGACUACAUAGUGCUACCCUCCGUUUUGGUCGAUCAAACUGUAUAUGAAACCUUUCCUGGGCUGGAUCUGAGAGGGUUUUUGGACAAAGAAGCUCUUCCAAGAUAUUAUUUGACGUCAGAAUCUUCUUUCAUUAUCGCGGAUACAAGACUCGGUUGUUUAUCUGACUCGAUGGCCUUUGGUGCCCUGGUGGACGUUAUGUUGGAGAAUAGGAAAAUUGCUGUUGCAAGGUACGUGAGCAAGAAAGAUAGUGAAGUGAAUAUGUGUGCACUGUGUCCCGUUCUAAUUGAACAUAGUAACAUUAAUUCAGAAAAGAAGGUCGUUAAAAGCCUUACUCUAUGUAGAUUGCCAUUUGCAGAAGACGAAAGGGUAACCGAUUUUCCCAAACUACUGAAUAGAACAACUACGUCCGGGGCGCCGCUUGAAAAGGAAACAGCCGAACAUGAAAUCGAUGAGCUUAUGGAACGAUUUGUGGAUGCAAUGGAUACGGAUGACUUACCAGAGAUUUCACCUGACAACUACUUUCAACCUAUUAAUGAAGUAACAACAGACACUUCUCUUCCACUUCCUUCUGUAAAAGAAGAAAACGAGGCGAACAAACUAGAUCCUUUAAGGAUACCUACAGUUUUUAUCUAUAGGCAGCAACAGGUAUUGUUAGAAUGGAUUCACCAAUUAAUGAUUAACGAUUCCAAAGAAUUCGAAAUCCCGGACCUGCCGGACUCACUGAAGAAAAAAAUAAGCCCUUAUAUACACAAGAAGUUCGAUAGCACAAAACUAGUUGAGAUCCUUCAAAUCAAAAAAGUAGACAAAUUUAAAGUCGCCUUUGAAUUAAAGAAUGAACUCGAGAGAGAAAAAAUUCCAGACUUAGAGACGUUAUUGAAGCGUGGAGAACAACGCAGUGCCGAGUCGAAACAUUUAUAA